CUGCAUGCUUCCCUUCACGAACGAAGCAAGAACAACACCCAAAGGCUCAACUGGACCCGCUUGGUGAAAAACCGGCGCAACAAACGGUGUUGAAAGACGGGUGUAGUUAAGUCCGUAAGAUAAGGAAAUAAUUAUUGCGAACUUGAAUUUACUGAAGCUCGGACCGAAAUGGGUUGAUGACAGAUACAGCAAGUCCUACGAGUCAUUUACGCAUUAAUCCAGACAACCUUCCUCCUCCAUCGAGCUACAGUCGUCUGUCAACUCCAGUUCUCUGUUGUGGAUUUUGGGUUUGAUAUCCGUGCUCUGCAUGUAAACUUGGACGUCAGUGAUAACAAAUACAGAUCGAGAGAUCAAUGGCGGACCCCACGGAUCGAGCACAUAAAUGUGUGGAAGAAAAACUGGAUCACGUUGACGACGCAGAACUGGCACUGAAAGGAAUUAAUAUGCUUCUCAACAACGGCUUCAGGGAGAGUGACGAACUGUUCAGAAAAUACAGAACUCACAGUCCCCUGAUGAGUUUUGGAGCCAGUUUUGUCAGUUUCCUGAACGCCAUGAUGACAUUUGAGGAGGAGAAAAUGCAGACAGCCUUUGAGGACCUGCGGGCCACUGAGAAGUUGUGUGAGAGCGACAAUGCCGGGGUCAUCGAGACCAUCAAAAACAAGAUCAGGAGGAAUAUGGACUCCCAGAGGUCAGGGGUGGUAGUGGUGGACAGGCUCCAGAGACAGAUCAUCGUGGCUGACUGCCAGGUGUACCUGGCUGUCCUCUCCUUCAUCAAACAGGAGCUGUCAGCAUACAUCAAAGGAGGCUGGAUCCUCCGCAAGGCCUGGAAGAUGUACAACAAGUGCUACAGUGACAUCAGCCUGCUGCAGGACGGCACCAGGAGGAGGUCCUCCGACCAGCAGGGCUCCCCAGCCCCGUCCCCCGCCACCUCCCCGGUCCCUUCCUUCCACCAGCCUAACCAGAACCAGGCGUCUCCUCCGCUGGCCCCGGGGGGCCUGGAUGGGGUCAGCCCCGAGGCUGUGGACAGGCUGAAGGGCUCGGUCAGUUUCGGCUACGGCCUGUUCCACCUGUGCAUCUCCAUGGUGCCCCCGCACCUGCUCAAGAUCGUCAACCUGCUGGGUUUCCCCGGCGACCGGCACCAGGGGCUGUCGGCCCUCACGUACGCCAGCGAAAGUAAGGAUAUGAAGGCUCCCCUCGCGACGUUGGCCCUCUUGUGGUACCAUACGGUAGUGCAGCCCUUCUUCGCCCUCGAUGGCUCGGACACUCAGGCGGGCCUGAUUGAGGCCAAGGCCAUACUCCAGCGCAGGGAGAAGGUCUACCCGGACUCUUCGCUCUUCAUGUUCUUCAAAGGCAGGGUGCAGCGCCUGGAGUGUCAGAUCAACAGUGCCUUGACGUCCUUCAACAACGCCUUAGAGCUGGCCACCGACCAGAGGGAGAUUCAGCACGUGUGCUUGUACGAAAUAGGUUGGUGCAGCAUGAUCGAGCUGAGUUUCAGGGAUGCGUACCGCGCCUUUGAGCGUCUGAAGACAGAGUCCAGGUGGUCCCAGUGUUACUACGCCUACCUGACUGGAGUGUGCCAGGGAGCUACAGGGGAUCUGGAGGGAGCUGCUGCUGUCUUCAAGGACAUCCACAAGCUCUUCAAACGAAAGAACAAUCAGAUUGAGCUCUUCUCUAUGAAGAGGGCAGAGAAGCUAAGGAAACACUCUCCAUCCAAGGAGCGUUGUAUUCUGGGAGUGAUAGAGGUGUUGUACUUGUGGAAGGCCCUGCCCAACUGUUCCACCUCCAAGCUUCAGACCAUGAGCCAGGUUCUGCAGGAAAUAGACGACACCUCGUGCGCCGACCUGAAAAACCUGCUGCUCGGCGCCAUUCACAGGUGCCUAGGAAACGCCGAAGACGCCAUUCAGUGCUUUCAAGUGGCUGCCAGAGAUGAAGUGGGUCGUCAAAACAACUCGUACGUGCAGCCGUACUCCUGCUACGAACUAGGCUGCCUUUUGCUGGACAACCCAGAGUCUGCAGGGAAGGGAAGAUCACUUAUGCUCCAGGCUAAGGAGGACUACGCUGGCUAUGACUUUGAGAACAGGCUCCAUGUGCGUAUCCACUCAGCCCUGGCCUCUGUGAAGGAGGCAACACCACCGUGACCCCAGCCCCGGUCGGCCAAAUGACCACUCAGGCCCCACAACACCCUUCUGACUCUGCAGUCAUCCACUGGAGGGCAGCUGUUACUUACUAUUCUCUGUUUUUGAACAAUGUGCCAACCAGUCAUUUGUAAAGAAUAGUUGACAGUGAGUGUUUACGGAAUAGGUACAAUUGCUCAAGUGUUACUGUGAUGUGUCUCAGCUGGUUGAUGUCUCACUGAGCUGGACACCAUUCAGAAAAGUUGGUACCAACGCCCCUUAAUUCUCACGUUCACUCUCUCUGGACCUAUUACAUUUUCAUUUAAAGUUGCACGAGUUUAAUUCUGUAUGAGGUGUUCAGGAGUAAUACACUGGAGUGUUUCGAGUACGACACUUGCUUUAGCUGUGACAAAAAAACAAGCAAUAGUAAAGGGACGUUUGUUUUCCAGUUCACCGGAAAACUCAUUUAACGUCAAUCCAUGACCUGAUAGUUCUUAGUCUCCUUGACAAUCUCUUAUCACGCACACACUGUUCAGUCAUCUGGCUUUAAUGCCCUCUGUGAAUUGGAUGACAACCAUGGUAUCACUUUAGUGGCAACAAACAAAUACUGUAUGUAUAAAUAGAAAUGUAGAAGAAUGGAAAGUACCAUCCAUUGUACAGUAACUAGUUCACCCUGUUCUCCCUUCCUUAUCUUUGAAGGGACUUUUUAUAUCAGUGCAGAUAUGAUUGCACUGAGCGUUGUAUUUGCUAGCUAAAUUUGCUAGCUAAAUUAUGUUGUCAUUGUCACUUGAGAGUACAAAAUGAACACUGUACUCUAAUUUUAUUUGCUGGAAACUGGAUUUCCUUUGUUGCAUAGAUUCUUGUAUGUACAUUUGUUGUAAGAUAAUAAAUCUCUCAGAUC